AUGCGUUUAUUCAGCACUGACGUGGCCUUCAAAGCAAUCCACCACCGAGGCAGUGUGCUGUAUACACCUAAACAUAAUGGGCGCGUUUCAACUAGUAUGCGCAAGGCUAGUCUGUACAUGUUAGGUACCCCUGUGUCCUCUUUACAUAACACAUCAUCGUGUUCGUUAAAUCAACUGAACGCUCGUAUUGGGGUGAAUCACCAAGUGAAACACAAUACAAAGUACGCACACUUCACUACAAGCACAUAUUUAAGUACGCGUCAUACAACUGACAGCAUCACACCCAUCAAAGACGAUAAAGAAAAAACUAAUACAGUUGAACCUCAGAUACGUGCACAUAAGCCUAGUUUUCUAAAUGUAAUUAGUAACUAUGCACCAGGGGUGUUGGCCUGUGCGGUGGUUAUGCAAAUAGGUACUGGUGUUGCAUCAAACCUGGGUCAGUGUUUGCUCAACAUGCAGGGUAUUACUGGCGCUCCCUCGCCCAUCAGUGCCGUACCUAUAGCCAUAGUAACGGGUAUGAUCAUCGGCAACACAAUCACUCUAUCCACGUACUUGAAGCCUGGUUUAGACUUCACGAAAACCAGGUUGUUGCAAGCAGGAGUGGUUUGUGUAGGUGCGAAAUUGAGUGCUAUGGACUUGCUGACAACAGGGUUACUAGGGCUGCCAUGUGUUGCAGUGACUGUGGGGACAGGCCUGACAUUCAUCCCGUGGUUAGCAAGGCGGGCGGGCCUGACUGACAAGAUGGGGUCGUUGAUUGCGG